GGGAAGGACGUUCCUACGGGAUGUUCAAAUGCGUACACUGCGCACGAAGGCAACGUGAGCCCCUCGUUCUCCUGUCGGUGCAAGAGCUCACAGGCAGAGAGAGAGAAAGUGAGGCGCAGCGGAGCAGUGCCUGAUUUGCGAGCUGAGGGCCGGUGGUCGGAUGCAGAGGCUCUACCUCGUGCACGAGAAUGCGAGGGGUGAUGAGCAGAACAAUCAAGUGAUCGGCAUUAUUCAGAAACUUGUUGAUCGCUCGCAAGGUGGUGGACAGGACGACGAUCGACACUUGUAGUGCUUCAAACGUAACGCCAUGCCGCCGAAUUCGAGGCCCGGAGAUGCGGUGUUCGCCAAUGUGGAACGAGUGAAUGCCGAGCUUUUUACGUUGACAUAUGGAGCCAUUGUCCGCCAGCUGCUUACCGAUUUCGAAGAAGUGGAUGAAGUCAACAAACAACUUGAUACGAUGGGUUACAACAUUGGGAUUCGACUGAUUGAUGACUUCCUAGCCAAGGCGAACAUCACAAGGUGCUCGGACUUCAGAGAAACCGCAGAGACUAUUGCGAAGGUUGGAUUCAAAAUGUUCCUUGGAGUUACUGGUUCUGUCGCGAACUGGAACGCAGACGGCACAGAGUGCAGUCUUAUUUUGGAUGACAAUCCUCUAGUGGACUUUGUGGAGCUCCCAGAAACCUGUCAAGGACUCUACUAUUGCAACAUUUUGUGCGGAGUUAUCAGAGGCGCUCUGGAGAUGGUAUCAAUGCGAACAGAAGUAAAGUUCGUAAAGGAUAUUCUUCGAGGAGAUGAUGCGUAUGAGAUGCGCCUGAAGCUCUUGGAGCAAGUACCUGAGGAAUACCCGUACAAAGAUGACGAUUAGUCAAAGUACAAUACUUUUCCAGCAAUUCAAUGUCUGUACCCAGUAUUCAAAUCAUUGUAACAUACACAUCUCCAACAUCUCAUCCGGAUCCAAGAAGCAGACGAUUCAAUCGUGAGAAGCUGGAAGUCUAAAAGCUUGUCUUUCUGCUGAUUCUUCCUGUCAUUUUUACCAACAUUUGGGCCUCCAUAUGUUCUGUACUUACAGAAUUGAUACUGUUGUCCAUUCUGUUGCCGACUCUAUAGAGCUAAUCAUUGCCAUCAGCAGCGUCUUUGGUUGAGCUUACCAUUUGUACUAAACCUGCCUGAUAUUUUAGUUGCACGCUUGGGAAGGAAAUAAACUCCAUUCUAGGCAGAUCAUUAUCGUUUGCAUCUGCAUCUAGUAGAAUCUUUCAUUUCACGAUGGACUUUUGUUCAAUGGCAAUGAGCAGAGUCGUCACUACUUCACUUUUCUUUGGUAGUCUCACCAUUUUACAGCGGAGAUCUUUCAGUCCUUUAGAUCUUCAGCUGAGUUUGUGUUUGGCUCUUCCACUUCCUUCUCGUGGCUGUGCACAAUUUAGGGCGAUGUACACUGGUCCUAAAACGGAUUGGCCUAUACUCAACUUUCGGUCCUCGUGUUGAUCAGAAAGAAAGAUUUCAAACUUGAAAGUUACCUUGUACUGAGAGAUUACUCUAUUACGUAUGACCGC